AUGUAUCUUGCUCCAAAGCAGAGGUACUUCGGCUUUAGGGGUGGAUGGCUGGUGUUUUGGAUCACUGUCGCAUGUGCGACAGAUAUGACUCUCUUUGGUUAUGACCAAGGUGUCUUUUCAGGAGUAGUUGUCAGUGAGAAUUUCCUCCAGCUGCACGAUCUUGUGGGACCUUCCAGAACCAAGGUUCUGUCAACUCUCGCUGCCAUAUAUGACGUGGGCUGCUUCUUCGGUGCGAUCAUAGCCUUUACUAUCGGAGAACGGCUAGGACGGAAAAAGACCAUUCUGCUGGGCACCGCAAUUAUGUCAGUCGGAGUCAUCCUAAAAACCAGCUCUUUCAGUCUUGCACAGAUGUUCAUCGGACGUGUGAUCCUUGGCAUCGGCAACGGCAUCAACACUGCAACCGCACCAAUCUGGCAAACGGAGACUGCUCCUGCGAAGCUCAGAGGAAAACUCGUCAUUCUGGAGAUGAUGACUAAUGUCGGUGGCUUUAUGGUCGUCAACUGGAUCAAUUAUGGUUUGAGCUUUGUACCAGGCUCGGUUCAGUGGAGGCUACCUCUAGCUCUGCAGUUCAUCUUCAUCUUCGUUCUCUUUGCUACCAUUCCCUGGCUGCCUGAAUCGCCUCGUUGGCUCAUCGCUCACGACCAAGAAAGAGAGGCCAUCCAGAUCCUAGCCGAUCUCGAUGAUAAGCCCAUCGACCAUGCUUACGUCACAGCACAGUAUCAAGAGAUUGCUUACGGUGUUCAGUACGAACGCGAGCAUGCAAUCAAGUGGAAUGAUCUCCUUCGAGGUCGCACUCAAGAUGGAACGAAAAGUGUCCGCCGCUUGCUUCUUGGAGCAGGCACCCAGUUCAUGCAGCAAUUUGGAGGAAUUAAUAUCAUGAGUACGNNCUACUAUACCCCUACGAUCAUGAUCACAUACGUUGGACUGAGCAACUCGAUGGCUCGCUUGCUAUCUGCCUGCAAUGCAGUUUCCUACUUCAUCUUCGCUGGCGUUGCAGUACUCUUCGUUGAACGCCUAGGUCGCCGUUCUCUGAUGAUGAUCUCCACCUUCUUGCAGCUUAUCGCGUUUCUCGGCAUCUCAAUCCUUCUCAAAUAUGCAAUGGCUGACGGUAGUACCGGAUGUGCCAAAGCGGCCAUCUUCUUUUUCUUCUUCUACAACAUCGCGUUCGCCGUGGGUAUGCUCGGUGUCCUGUGGCUAUUUCCUGCUGAAAUUAACAGUCUUCCGAUGCGCACAAAGGGUGCAGCAGUUGCCACCGCUACAAACUGGAUCACAAACUUUGUCAUCGUCGAAAUCACUCCCAUCGGCUUCCAAAAUCUGGGCUGGAAGUUCUGGCCCAUUUGGGUGGCAACCAAUGCCCUCUUCCUACCGACCAUCUACAUGCUCUAUCCGGAGACCGCUUCGCGUACCCUCGAGGAUCUGGAUGCGUACUUUAGAUCUGAUCCGAGUUUGUUUGUGUUCAGGGAUAAGGACGCCAUCUCCAGCAAGAGACCGCAUAAGUACAUCGAAAGAGAGAAUGAAGAGGUUCAUAGAAUUGAAGAGCAAGACGUUGGUGUCGAGAAGCGCAGCAGUAAGGUUGAUGCUAUGGAUGGUGUUGAGACUCAGCAUCAUGAGGUCGAAAAAGUGCAGUGA